AUGGAAGACUCUCAGAAUAAAUUGCUAGAUGAGCCAGUUCCUGAGAUCAUCAACUCAAAGGGUACAUAUGUCCCCCCAUCAGUCGACCAUUCGAGGCUGUUAGCUGGAGAAUCUUACUCCCAUUAUUCCCCGUGUCCGGUCAAUAUCACUCCCUCGGCGAAGUCUUCUACCGAAGCGGAGAAAGCAGAGCCCACGCCAUGUGUACUAGGAAUCGACGAGGCGGGUAGAGGCCCGGUUUUAGGUCCUAUGGUCUACAGCGCAUUUUAUCUCCCUAUUCAUCUUCAUAAUUCAUUACUUGCAGACGAGCACCACUUUGACGACAGUAAGGUGCUAACUCCCGAAGUCCGAUCAAAUCUUAUGCGUUCUCUGUGCACACAAGGCCACUCACUACACAACUCCUGCGGAUGGGCUGUCAAAGUUAUGUCGGCUCGUGAUAUAUCUUCGGGGAUGCUACGGCCUUCUAUGGCAGCUGUUUAUAACCUCAAUGCCCAGGCACUGGAUGCGACUAUUGAAAUAAUACGUGGCGUUGUUGAAACCCAAGGCAUAGACGUUAAGGAAGUUUAUGUUGAUACAAUUGGGAAACCAGAAACCCACCAAGCCAGGCUGCUACGAGUUUUCCCAGGUCUGAAAAUCACCGUGGCUAAGAAGGCUGAUUCAUUAUAUCCUUGUGUCAGUGCAGCGAGUGUAUGUGCCAAAGUCACAAGAGAUGCUGCCUUGGAGGCAUGCUAUGAAAGUUGGGUCAAUCAAAGGAAGAGGAAAAGGUCUCUGGAAUCAGGAGGUGGCGAAGCAGUGACAGCAGAGGAGGAAACGUUAAGUUGGGGUAGCGGAUAUCCAUCUGAUGGCAAGUGCAUUGGAUGGCUUAAAAAGGACAUGAACCCAUUGUUUGGCUGGGGAAUUGAGUGUCGAUUUAGUUGGGGUACGUCAAAGGAGCUCUUGGAGAUAAAAUCUGGAGUUAAGGUUGACUGGCCUGUCGAAGAGGACGAAAGUACAAUGCUGGUAACGCAAUACUUCACAUCCAAGUCUGAGGCCGAGGGUCUAGCGAGUGAAUUGCGGGACUGGUAUGGACAUAAACAAGCGGAAAUAUUUUAG